GCCAUAGUCACUCUCUCACUUCGAGGCUUACUCAAUUCGCACGAACGACUGCUACACACCUUUUCUGUUCGUUACCAGCAGCGGCCUGUUUCCAUUGUCACUCCAUUUUCUCCCCUCAAUAUUUGAAGUUUCAACUCUCAAAAAAUGGGUGAAUGGUCUAACGGUCUUUUCAGUUGCUUCGGCAAUAUUGGUCUAUGUGCCAUCACGUAUUUUGUGCCGUGCUAUACCGCUGGUAAAAAUGCAGAAGCUGUUGGCGAGAGUUGUAUCAAAUAUGCCAUUCUAUCAAUGUGCGGACCGUGUGGUAUUUACUUCUCGGCAGUAAUCCGUGGAAAGAUCAGGGAACAGAAAGGAAUUGAUGGUUCGUUCGGAAACGAUUGUCUCAUGCAUUGGUUCUGUGCGCUAUGUGCCUUUGUGCAAGAAGCCAGGGAAGUGCAAGAGGGAUCUCCUGGUGGCCAGGCAAUGGGCCGAGAAUAGAUCACCUCCCCGUUUAAUCGAAGCCGAAGCGAAACGUCUAUUACAACACAACGCCACCAUCAUCAUCAUCAGGAUAACAUCGGCCAUUUUUGUGUAUAUUUUGCAAUACCAACCCCCUACGGAAAAGCUUCAUUUGGAAGAAGUCAUUUUAAAAAUAAAAUAUAUGCGUUAGUUUUUUUUUCUUAACUGAAAAAGAUAUUUGUACAGUAUGUAAAAUAUUUGAUACUUAAUCGUCAAUAUUAACGAAUCGUAAGUCAAUCUUCAGUAAUUGAGUUUAGUAUGUACUUGCUUUGUGGUUCUUCACUUUAUCUGUUUUUUUUAUAAGAUCACACUCGAACUAUUUUUCUUAUUUUCAUAUUUCUGUUAAUAUCGAUCAAUAUAUUAGAAAUAAAUUGUUGAUGUUCUUUUUCUGUUAA